AUGUCUAGUGUUGUUGUUAGGGUGAAUUGUGAUGCAAAAUCAUUUGUGGGUAUAUCUAGAAUUGGAAGAAGAGAAAGGAGUGUAAGACUGUGUUCUAAGGUAAGGUUUGGAAGUGGGGGUGCAGUGGUAGCAGAACCUUCAAGAAGUUCAGAGGAGAGGGUGUAUGAAGUAGUUUUGAAGCAAGCAGGUUUGGUGAGAGAAGAGAAGAGGGGUGCAAAUAUAGAAUUUGAUUUUGAGAAAACAAUUGAAGGUGAUUUUAGCAAUGGAGAUUUAUUGAAUUCUGCUUAUGAUCGGUGUGGUGAAGUUUGUGCUGAGUAUGCCAAGACUUUUUACCUAGGUACACAAUUGAUGACACAAGAACGCCGGAAAGCUAUAUGGGCAAUCUAUGUUUGGUGUAGAAGAACUGAUGAACUAGUAGAUGGCCCAAAUUCUUCACACAUUACACCAGCAGCCUUGGACAGAUGGGAGCAACGGUUAACUGAUGUUUUUGAAUGUCGACCAUAUGAUAUGUUUGAUGCUGCUCUCUCACUCAGUGUCUCUAAGUACCCCGUUGAUAUUCAGCCAUUCAAGGACAUGAUAGAAGGGAUGAGGAUGGAUUUGACAAAGUCAAGAUACAACAAUUUUGAUGAGCUCUACCUUUAUUGUUACUAUGUUGCUGGAACAGUAGGUCUUAUGAGUGUUCCUGUAAUGGGGAUAGCACCUGAAUCCAAGGCUUCAACAGAGAGCAUUUAUAAUGCAGCAUUGGCACUAGGAAUUGCAAAUCAACUCACCAAUAUACUCAGAGAUGUUGGAGAAGAUGCUAGAAGAGGAAGAGUGUAUCUCCCUCAAGAUGAGCUAGCACAAGCUGGCAUAUCAGAUGAAGACAUUAUGCGUGGAAAAGUAACAGACAAAUGGAGAAAUUUCAUGAAGGGACAAAUAAAAAGGGCAAGAAUGUUUUUUGAUGAAGCAGAAAAGGGUGUUUCAGAGCUCAGUUCUGCUAGUAGAUGGCCUGUAUGGGCAGCAUUGUUGUUAUAUAGGCAGAUAUUAGAUUCUAUUGAAGCCAAUGAUUAUAAUAACUUCACUAAAAGGGCUUAUGUCGGAAAAGUCAAUAAGCUAUUAUCCCUACCAGCUGCUUAUGGAGUUGCACUUUUAGGUCCUAAAAAGUUAACCAAAUUGUUUAUGAGAUGAUGUCUAUUUUAAUAAUGUGUCUAUGAUUAGCAAGUGCUACUUUUUUUGUUUGAAAAUAUAGAUUUUAAGAUAUAGAGUUAUGAUGUUUAUA